CCCCAAAAUGGCGGCACGAUUGAAAAGUUUUGCUUGUUUUAUCCGAGUUUCUCUUCAACACAGACUGCUCAUUUAACUGUGUUAGCGUUCACCAGAAGCACACCGGUUCACACUGGCAUUAUUGGUUUUAAUGGUGGUCGAAUAAGGCAACAAUCAGGAUGGAUCAGUUCACUUUCACAGCUUCACUUUACCGAUGCUAGGCUAGGCUAGGCUAGGCUAGGCUAAGCUAACUACUUUCACUCAAAUUCGGGCUUCACUUUAGCCAUGCUAGGCUAGGCUAGGCUAAGCUAAGCUAAGCUAACUACUUUCAGAUGAGUGCUGGUUUAAAGCUUCAGUAGAUAGUUAUGGUCUUGUCUCACCUGGAUCUCAACGCUGAAGUGAAUAUGAAGAAGAGGACAUUUCCAUAGAAAUGGAGGAUGAUGUGAAAAAAGUGAAAAAGCCUGGUAUCGUGUCUCCGUUCAAGCGAGUCUUCCUGAAAGGAGAGAAGGGGAGAGACAAGAAGGCCCAGGAGAAGGCCACCGAGCGCAGGGCGCUCCACACCUUCUCACUCUCUCAGCCCGACCACCGUAUCGACCCUGACAUCCUGCUUAAUGACUAUAUUGAGAAGGAAGUCAAAUAUUUGGGGCAGCUGACAUCAGUUCCAGGAUACUUGAACCCAUCAAGUCGCACAGAAGUGCUGCAGCUCGUUGACAAUGCGAGGAAGUCCCAUCAGUUGGCGGGCCAGCUGACAUCAGAGCAGGAUGCAGUGGUGAGCUUGUCGGCGUACAACAUAAAGCUCGUAUGGCGCGACGGAGAGGACAUCAUCCUGAGAGUGCCCAUCCAUGACAUCGCUGCUGUCUCCUACAUCAGGGACGACUCUUUGCACCUCGUGGUGAUCAAAACAGCCCAGGAGUCGGGAGGUUCUCCUUGUCCCAGCUCGUGUCCUGAUCUCAACAAGUCUCAGACCCUGAGCUCCUUAUCGGAGAGUGGAGCUGUGCUCGUGGAAGUCUGCUGUCUGCUCGUGCUGGCCGUUGAUAAUAAGGCAGCAGCAGAGGAGCUGUGUCUGUUGCUCAGCCAGGUCUUUCAGAUCGUUUACACAGAAUCAACCAUCGACUUCUUGGACAGAGCCAUUUUUGAUGGAGCAACUACACCUACCAGACACCUCUCUGUAUACAGUGAUGAUUCUUCAAGCAAAGUGGAUGUUAAGGAGCCCUUUGAAGCAGAAGCCAGCACAUUUCCUUUCCAGGCGUCUAUGGAGGCAGAAGGAAACUCUCCAUCAGCAUCCACCCCAGCAUCCCCUCAGACCAAGACGGCGAGUGAAGGAGAGCUCAGCACCACCGCUGCAGAGCUGCUGCAGGACUACAUGACCACACUGCGGACAAAGCUAUCAUCACAGGAGAUCCAGCAGUUUGCCACCCUGCUCCAUGAAUACCGCAACGGUGCCUCCAUCCAUGAGUUCUGCAUUAACCUGCGACAGCUCUACGGGGACAGCAGGAAGUUCCUUCUACUUGGCCUGCGUCCCUUCAUACCAGAGAAGGACAGCCAGCACUUUGAGAACUUCCUCGAGACCAUCGGCGUGAAGGACGGCCGAGGCAUCAUCACGGACAGCUUCGGCCGCUACCGGCGCACCGCCAGCUCCGCCUCCGAUUCCACCACCAACGGCAACGGAGCGGCGGGAGGAAGCGCCGCCUCGGACGAGGGCCAAGAGGCCUCCGAGGGAGACGAGUGGGACCGCAUGAUCACCGACAUCAGCAACGACAUUGAAGCUCUCGGCUGCAGUAUGGACCAGGAGGGAGUGACGCCCUGACGCGGUGAAACAAAAGGGAGGACUCAUAACGGCAGCCGCUUCCUUAAAUGAACAGUAGGGCACGAGCUGAACGGAUCAGAUGAAGGUGGUCCUUAUAGCACUGACCUAAGAUUUUGUAUUUUCCUCUAAUUAUCAAGAGGACGCUCCAUACGAUAUUCCCUACACACUCAUGGAAAAACCUCAACCUAUUACCACAAAAAAACAUGAAGUCAACAAAUGCACUUAUGCAGACCCGUAGACGACAUGCAGUCAGUUGGCUACUUUUGCAUUUCAGAGGGAUUCAAAGCCUCUGAUAUAUUUUUUAGAAGUCUCUUUAAUUUUUGUACUCAUUUAUUGGCAGUAUCUGCCGCGGCUGUCAGCGAUGUAGCGAAUAUCUCCGGAGUCUGUUUUGAAUACCCUCAAAGACUCCGGAGGAUCCACCAGAGGACUGUGUACAUGUUUAAGAAGGUUAAGACUGAGGCUGUACUUGUUUGUGCUUUUGUAUUACUAUAGGUCAAUCAGCUUCACCCACCAGGAGAACAUUUAUUUCACAUUGUGUGUGUGUGUGUGUGUGUGUGUGUGUGUGUGUGUGUGUGUGUGCGUGUGUGUGCGUGUGUGUCGCUGUGAGAGUGUAACAUCUUUUUCUAUAUAUAAUUUUUCAAUAAGUGUACCACUUUUCUUUCACACUAUCCUUUUUGUUAUCAGUGUUUACUCAUUUAUAUAUAUUUUUGUCUUUACUCAAACUGACCAAGGAAAUGCUGUAAAAAACAAAACAAAAUUCUCAUUCAAUUGAAGCGAUUGAGUGAGGACUGUAUUUUGACAAAGCCAGUUAUGGCUGAUGUAAAUUUAUGAUUUUUUUUUGUUCUUCUCCUGCAGGUCACCUUGUUGUGUCUCGUGACAUCACAUGUAUCUGUCGUUGUGCCUUUUACAUUGCAGUACUGCUGCCAACUGUCUGUCACACGCAGACAGGUAAUUAUGAACUGUAACUACAGUUGUUGAGCAAAUCAUGGUUAUUAAAUAACAGCUACUUUACA